GACCAACGCAUCCAGCGGACACCUCCACGCGAGUUCAAUAAAGGAUCGUCCAGCCCUCCACGGCUGCUGAAUCUGAAUCCGCCCAGCAUGAAUCUGAACAGAGACUCGAACCUGGGUCCCUCUGACGUUCUUGGAGCCCUCGUCUCCUCAAACGAUCCGCCCCCGUGCUCCAGCUCCGACUCUUCUCUUCCCAGCUUGUGGUCCCCCCCAGUGGUGUCCACCAGCCAGAGCUCAGUCACCGUCUUCAGCCACACCUCCCACCCCCAUCCGGCCUCCUCAGACCUGGACCGAGCUCAGAACCCGGAACCCUCAUCCAUCUCUGCUCUGCAGCUCCCGUCCUCAGAUCCCAGCGCCGCUGCUUCAUCUGGACCCCGGUCCAGCCUCCACCUGCUCCCCGGCACACCGCCCUCCUACCAUGUCUCCUUCAUCAUCCCGUCCCCGGACCUCCAGCCGGCCCCCCUCCCACUGCCGUCCCCCGAGGAGACCCUCCCGGACCUGGAGUGCUCCAUCUGCUUCAGCCAGUUCAACAACGUCUUCCGCUGCCCCAAGAUGCUGCAGUGUCACCACACCUUCUGCCUGGAGUGUCUGGCGCGCAUGAACGUGAAGUCUUCGGAGCCCAGCGCCAUCCAGUGCCCGCUGUGUCGCCGCUUGACGACGCUGCCCACCCUCGGCCUGCCCAAACUCGCCACUGACUCCACCGUGCUGUCCUGCCUGCCGGACGCCAUGCAGAGGGUCUACAGCAUCCGCUUCGUCCGCAACAAGGGGAAGCUGCAGGUGAAAAGGUCAGCGGCGGCUCAGCAGCGGUGGGGUCACAGUGCACAGCCGCUGAGGCUGACGAACCGCUCUCUGGAUGUGGGCCUUCCCAGCCCCCCGCCGGGUCGGCCGGGCGAGCCAGGCGGAGUCGGCGGCGCUCUGUUCAGGCUGACGGACCGGCCGGCCUGCCGCGCCUUCCUGCUGACCGCCAUGGUGAUGAUGAUGGUGCUGCUGACGGGCAUCAUCGUCUUCCUCCUCACCUUCAGAGAGUCGAUUUCGCCAUAAGCAGAGUGAUCUUAUCCUUUAAACCCCCCAGGAACAAAUCCUCACUGAAGACUGGAGUCCAGUCAGAGACUGAAACAAGACUCCACAGUCCUUCAAAGACCUCCGUCCUGUUAGAUGUUUGUCAGCUGACCAGCAGGCGGCGCCGUCUCCCUGCUGCUCCUGCAGCUUUUACCGCUCUAACCAGAAAAAAACCUACAUGUCCACAACACAAGUGUACUUCUGUGGUCACCUCCACAGCACAGUGCACGUGCACAAAGGCUGCCACCUCAUCGACCACUGUGCACGUGCACACCUGCCCAGUUGGUGUGAGUCCAGUCGACGGUGAUCUGGAUUUUCCCCUCGACGGUUUUUCUCAGAACAGUCUGCUGCAGGGGUGUAGAAGCUUCAGCUCAGGUGUUUCAGGAGCCUCUCUGAAUCUGUUGAGGGCUCUGAAGCUGUAAACUGCCAUGCCCACACACACCCACACACACACAAACGCACACACUGUUCAACAAAGCAGAGCCGCAGUCUGUGUUCAGGCAGGCACCUGGAACACACUCAAAGCCUGAACUUUGGGAGGCCAGGAUGGAUGUCUUUUUAUUUCAUUGUUUUUCCAUCUUAUUUCUGUUUUAACAUGUACGUGUUUUAUU